AUGUUCAUAAUAGUGUUAACUAUUUAUGAAAACUACACGAAAUGCUACUCGUCGCUACUAACCAUCUUCAGUCUAACUAUCAACCGAAAGCUAACAAUUCGGAGUAUGCAGGGCUCGUCGACAUCGUCAUCAACGAACAAGAAGUGCUCCAUCUGCCACGACCAGCAACAAAUGGGCGCAAAAAUUUGCUGCUGCUGCAGAUCGGAUGCCGAGGAGAAUGAGCAGUUGACCAGUGUGAUAUUGAGCAGACAGCCGCCGCCGAAAGAACAAUGUCGAGGAAAUCUGCUAGUUUUCAUCAAUCCACACAGUGGAAAAGGCAAAAGUUUGGAGACUUUUGCGCAUACAGUUGGCCCGAAAUUGGACAGGAAUUUGAUUCGAUAUGAAGUCGUCGUUACUACCGGUCCGAAUCAUGCCCGAAAUGUGUUGAUGACAAAAUCAGAUCUUGGAAAGUUCAAUGGUGUUCUAAUUCUUUCCGGUGAUGGAUUAGUUUUCGAGGCACUAAACGGAAUCCUCUGCCGCGAAGAUGCUUUCAGGAUAUUCCCGCAUCUUCCUAUCGGAAUAGUGCCGAGUGGUUCUGGAAACGGUCUUUUGUGUUCAGUUUUAUCAAAAUACGGCACAAAAAUGAACGAAAAGUCAGUAAUGGACAGAGCGUUGGAGAUUGCCACGUCACCAGUCGCAAAAGCAGAGUCAGUUGCGUUGUAUAAGGUGCAAACUGAAAAUACGACGUACGCUGCGUUUUUGUCGAUCGGUUGGGGACUUAUGGCUGAUAUUGACAUCGAAAGCGAGAAGUGGAGAAAAUCGCUCGGAGGACACCGGUUCACUGUGAUGGGUGCCAUCCGCAGUUUCAAUAUCCGAUCCUACAAAGGUCGUCUAUCUUAUCGGUUGUACAAACCGAAAGGAUUUAAACCGUCGUCGAAUGUGUUCAAUGUUUAUGACAAAACUACGCAGCAAAGGAUCGACGACUCUACUCCCCCACUCACUGUUCCCCACUUGACUUCCACCGAAUCAGAAGACGAAAAACUAGAAUCAAAACCGAAAAACACGUGGACACUACACGAUUCAGAUGACACGACUUCAGAAGACGAAGAAGGCGAAGAAGUAGUGAUUGAAGAUGAAUUUGUGAAUAUGUACGCUGUCACUUUAUCUCAUAUCGCUUCCGAUGGUCCAUUCGCUCCAAGUGCUAAACUAGAAGAUAAUCGAAUUCAUUUAUCGUAUAUUCUGUGGAAAGAUAUUGGAACAAGAGUGGAUAUUGCAAAGUAUUUGUUGGCGAUUGAGCAUGAGACUCAUCUCGAUUUGCCGUUUGUUAAGCGCGUCGAAGUAUCUUCAAUGAAAUUGGAUGUGCUGAGCGAUGGAUCAUAUGUUGUUCUUGAUGGAGAAGUCGUUGAAACGAAAUCAGUAACAGUUUCAUCGACACGAGAUAAUAUUUGUGUUUUCUCGUCGACUGCCUAG